CUAUAUAUGUAUGUAUAUCUAGAGAGAGAAAACAGAAGAGAGAGAGAGAGAAAACAUGCAGAGCUCAACCACCGAUGAUCAAUGUCCUCUCUCACUGAAUUCCCAUGAACUCACCGCCAAUCCAUCAAUUUCAUUUUCAAUUUCUCACACCUGAAUUUUUUUCCGAUCGGAAAUUCUCCACAUGGCGCCGGAGAUGGAUUUCGCGGCGGUGCUCGACUUCCUCCGGCGGAACGGUUUGCGCCACUGCGAAUCAGCUCUCACGGAGGAACUCAUCGAGAAAUCGCGCUCCGGAUUUCACAAACUCUUCUUACCUAUGCCGCCGCCGCCGCUGAUCAUAACUCCGGCGAAUCAGAAACCGCCGCCGCGCGAAUCCACCGGCGGCGAGUGGAGCUCCGAUUGCUCGUCGGACUGCGAGUUCGUGACCGCGGCUUCUUCCGGUGAUUCGACCUCGAACAUAAUCCGAUCGUCGUCUCAAGCCGUCUCCGAUGACAGCGGCUCGCCGUCGUCGUCGAAAUUCAGCACAGCCAGAGAUUGCCCUGUUUCAGGAAUGCAAAAUGAUCAAUUCUUUUGGUGCAAAUAUGACAGCAACGACGAGAAUGCAAUGCCGCCGGAAACCGGCGGCUGCGAUUUCGCCGGAAAUCUAGGCGAAGACAAGUUUAUUACAUCGGUGCCGGCAAUUGGAGAUUCAUUGAUGUCCGAAUCUUACAAGGACUACUCCUCUCCACCUCAUCCCUGCCACGACGAUCUUAAGGCAGAAAAUGUGUGCUAUGUUAAGUAUGUUAAGUCCGAGCAUCGCGAUGAAACUACACCCGACUUUAGUCCAAAGAAAGAUUCAGACAACGCCUUGGCAGCCGAUGAAAUAAUCGACUGCGAACCAAACAACGACGAGGUUUUACAUAGAGACGAGGAUUACGAAGUGUUCGAUUUAAGAAUCAUACAUCGGAAAAACAGGACAGGAUUCGAACAGCACAAGGAACUCCAGAUUGUCUUAAACACCAUCGUAGCCGGCAGAUAUUACGUCACCGAGUUCCUCGGAUCGGCUGCCUUCAGCAGCGUCGUUCAGGCGCACGAUCUUUGUUCGGGAAUGGACGUUUGCCUGAAGAUCAUAAAAAACGACAAGGAUUUCUUCGAUCAAAGCUUGGACGAGAUCAAACUACUUAAGUAUGUCAACAAACACGACCCUUUCGACGAGCACCACAUCUUGCGCCUUUACGAUUAUUUCUAUUACAAGGAGCAUUUAUUCAUCGUCACCGAACUCCUACGAGCGAACUUGUACGAAUUUCAAAAAUACACCCAAGAAUCCGGCGGCGAGCUGUAUUUUACGCUGCCUCGACUGCAGGCCAUCGCGCGACAAUGUUUGGAGGCGUUGUUGUAUUUGCACGAGUUGGGAAUUAUACAUUGCGAUCUUAAACCCGAAAAUAUUUUGGUGAAAAGCUACCGGCGAUGCGAGAUAAAAGUGAUCGAUCUCGGGAGUAGUUGUUUUGAGACGGACAAUUUGUCGCUAUACGUGCAAUCCCGUUCCUACCGGGCUCCCGAGGUCAUGUUAGGCCUCCCGUACGACCGCAAGAUCGAUCUUUGGUCACUCGGGUGCAUUUUGGCCGAGCUAUAUUCCGGGGAGGUGCUUUUUCCGAAUGAAGCCAUUGUAUUGCUUCUUGCACGUAUGAUCGCGUUGCUUGGCCCGAUCGACUUGGAUAUGCUGCAAAGGGGCGAGGAGACAAACAAGUAUUUUACCGAAGAAUAUGAUCUCUAUUACAUUGACGAGGAAACAAAUGAGGUCGAGUAUAUCAUUCCAGAUGAGUCGUCGAUUGAGCGUCAUUUGCACAUAUUUGAUUCACUUUUUGCCGAUUUUUUGAAAUAUUUACUUGAGAUUAAUCCGAUGAGAAGACCAACGGUAAAAGAAGCGUUGAUGCAUCCCUGGCUUCGUCAUACAUAUGGUGAAAUAUAAUAUAGUAUCCAAUUUUUCUUCAGUAAAUUUUUUACCUUGUUUUAUUGUUUAUUUGAUUUUGAGUAUAUUUUCUCAUUGUAUUUGAGUGUUAGUAUAUAUGUAUUCUCAAUAAUUUGAUUUUUAUUUUUUGGGUAUGUACUUCUAGUGAUAGUUGAAUUUAUGAAAAUAUAGAGAAAAUGUGAAUAAACAUUCUUCCGGAUCAAGU